GUCUUGACCCCCUUUCUCUUCCGGUUGUCGUCCAUUCGUGUGGCAGGUGAACUCGAGUUACAAUGGCAAAGUCGAAGAACCACACGACACAUAAUCAGUCUCGUAAAGCUCACAGGAACGGCAUCAAGAAGCCGAGAUCCCAUCGCUUCGAGUCCCUGAAGGGGUUGGACCCCAAGUUCCUGAGAAACUUGCGCUUUGCCAAGAAGCACAACAAGAAAGGUUUGAAGGCGAUGAGGAAGGCCGCGCACGCCGCAGCGAUCGCUAAGAAAUGAUCCGUCUGCUCGUCACGCCACAAAAUAAAGCAAUGCUUUGUUAACAAACCA